UGACAUUAAAAACUAAAUUCAGCUGAAAUUAGCUAUGAUGUAGUUGUUCUGGAUCCUUUCUCUGGAACAGAGAGGUGCUAUUUUAAAAAUGACUGCUUUAUUUUUGCAUUUUAAAUGCAAAUGCUUAACUGUGAAAUUUGCCUCUAUGAUAAGAUGAGUGGAUAAACAAUGGUCACAGUGCACUGGAUAAAACAUCUCACCUGCAGGAGAAAGAGUGAUUAUCAAAAUAGCAUAUUCAAUCAGCUGGAGGUUUUUACUGUGGGAACAGAGCGUGUUUCUACUAAACGGAGGCUGCGAGCUGUCUGGGGGGCAUUUUCAGAUGUUUUCCUGCAGGUUUACAUUUGAUCACCUAUUCUCCCAGGAUGAUGGAGUGGAGUCAGCCGUCACAAGGACAACAUGAUCCUUUCACCUGGUUCAAGGAGUCACAGCUCCAGUUGGUGUUCAGGAACGGAUCGGUCCCAGAUUGGUUUCACGGGAUCAUUUCCAGGAAGACAGCAGAGGAACUGCUCAUGCCAAAGCCGCCUGGCUACUUCCUCAUCAGAGUCGGCGAGAGCAGAAUCGGCUACACGCUCUCAUACCGUGCAGAUGACCGCUGCAGACAUUUCAUGGUUGAUGCGCUGGUGGAUAGCCACUACAUGAUAGUGGGGGAGAACAGACGUCACCGCAGUCUGCAGGACCUGGUGGAAUUUCACCGCAGAACUCCCAUCAUGCCUUUCAACCAGGUGCUGACUAUUGCCUGUGAACAGCCCUCAAAUAUUCGGGCAGACUAUGCAGAGCUGCUGUUUCCCCAAAGACAACAAGCUUCUAACACCAGAUCUCCUGCAAUGAACUCUCCACAACCCAGUUCUCCAGGACCAGAGGAAGAGACCCCUCCUGCUCUCCCGUAUCGUCCAGAUAAACUGAAAGAUUCUGCUGUCCCACUUCCAAACAACCCCCCUAACAGGCUGUACCCUUCCCUGGACAAUGAAUUCUCCCACAUCACCUCUCCACCUCCAGACUCGUUCCUUUUACCAACUGUUCUACUUUCUGUUCAUGGUCUCCAGCAUGUGCCAGAAAUCCAGACAAUAUAUGCAGUCACCCAGCUUCCAGCAAACCAGCCUCCUGAAGUCCCAUCCCGGAGCAGGAUGCUCCAGAGGCAGAAUCGGCCCUGCACCAGAACAGUCUCUGUACCUGGGAGUCCCUCUCUUCCCCCAGCCCCCGGGCGAAGAAUCUGCCCCAAUAUCCAGCCUCCAAAGAGCCAGGAAAGCAGACCUUCAGUCAUCACCAACUUGAAGACCCUCAAAUUGAAAUUUCAAAAGAAGACCAACAACCCACAGGAAAACGUGUACUCAGAGAUCAGCGACGUGACCCCAGAUAACCGGAGAGCAAACACUGAGAAUGAAUACCAAGAAAUCACAGGGCUACCGACCUUUGCUGGGUCACCUCUUCACACAGGUGUGAAACAGACUGAUCAGGUGUUACCUGUAGAGUACCACCCACCUCCACGUUUUGCCCCUGGCUACUGAUGAACAGGGGGCUCCAGGAGGAGUGGAGUAAGUUCUAGAAUGACCACUACAUUUCAUAUAGAACUAGAAAGGACUUUAUUGAUCCCACAGUUGGAAAUUUCACUUGUUUCAGCAGCAGAACACUGAAGGGAAUAAUUUGAAGAAAAAUAAUAACAGAGGUGCAUGCACAUACCGUACACAUAGCAUUGUAAUCUUUGACCACUAAAAACCAAAAAUAAAAAAUGAAAAACAUGGAUUCCAGAACUAUGCAACAUACUGUAAGGGGCACAGACAUUCUAUGUAAAUCUGGUAUUGCACAAGUAUUCAACACAUAAUGAGUAUUGCAUUUGUGUUAUUGUGUAACAGGAUAAUGCCAGUACAGUUAAACUGAGGAGUUAUACACUCUUACUGCAGAGGGGAUGAAUUACCUACAGUAGUGUUCUGUUUUACAUCUGGGAUGUCUCAGUCUGCCUCUUAAGGAGCUGUCCAUGGUUUCGCCAGCAUCUUCCCCAGUAUCCUCCUUUUCCACGUCUCCUCAACUGAAUCCAGUGGGCAGCCCAGAACUGAGCUAGCUUUGGUAGCUAGCUUGUUCAGUCUCCUCCUGUCUCGGUCAAAGCUGCCUGCACCCCAAUAGACCACAGCAGAGUGGAUAACAGAGCCAACAACAGAGUGACAAAAGGAUUUUAGCCACUGGGAAUUAACUCCGAAGGGCCUCAGCCUCCUGAAGAUGUAAAGGCGGCUUUGGCCCUUCUUAUCCAAAGCAUCUGUGUUGUGGGACCAGUUCAGUUUAUUGUUGAGGUGAACACCCAGGUACUUAAAAGUAGCCACCACCUCAUGACUCUGCUCCCUGGAUGUUUACUGGUGAGUGAGGAGGAGUGUUUCUCUGGAAGUCAAUCACCAUUUUCUUUGUCUUACUGGUGUUCAAGAUAAAGUGGUUACUGCUCCAACUGAUGGUUCAGGUUGAACAUGUGCAUGUCCACUUCACAAAGCUGGUGAGCACAGUCUUUGAGCAGUCUGGGGCUGAUCCCAUCAGGACCUGCAGCUUUCCUGCUCCUAAGUCGCCUUAGUUCUC